ACACACACAGACAGUACAGAGCAAUGUUACUGGCUCUCCCUGAGAGGAGACAGGUUUGUGAGCAGUAAGGCACAGGCCCUUGGCGUCUUAGCCUUUUGGAUUUGGACUUGAUGCCAUUUUAUUCUCCCACCUCCACACUCUGGAUAUCUGGAGCCUUGGUAGCUUUAUCGCAGCUUCUUGGAUCUCCCUUUUUUAUUAUCGGAAUAAAAUCUCCUCCCAGGACGCCUCUGUCAUCCUCGGAGCUUCACUGUGCUGACAGAGAAGGCCCUUCACCCAGGAUCUCUCUGCUUUUCACCAUGAGCAUUGCUGUUUCCCCAAUGGCCACUGAGGCCACCUCACCCAUGAUCACCUCUGUUACCCCCACUGUGGAUCCUAGCCGCAAGGUAGAGCUGGAAGACCUAGGAAAAGGGGACAGUGAUGGGACAGCAAAGGAGCAGGACCCCAUCCAGCGUUACCAGAAGCCUCCUCCCCUACAUACGGGAGCUGACUGGAAGGUUGUGCUACAUCUUCCAGAGAUUGAGGCAUGGUUGCGGGGCACCACAGAAAGGGUUCGUAACCUCACCUGCUCCGUUCAUCAGGACACCCUCAACAAGCACGUGGAUGUGCACCUAGUCCAGCUGAAGGACAUCUGUGAGGAUAUCUCUGACCACGUGGAGCAGAUCCACGCCCUGCUGGAGACUGAGUUCUCCCUGAAGCUCUUCUCCUACUCGGUGAACAUCAUCGUGGACAUCCGAACCGUGCAGCUCCUGUGGCACCAGCUGCGAGUCUCCGUCCUGGUCCUCAAGGAGCGACUGCUGCAAGGCCUCCAGGACUCCAACGGCAACUACACCCGGCAAACUGACAUCCUGCAGGCAUUCUCCCAGGACCAUGAUGAGGCGCGGCUGGAUGCAUUGACAGAGGUGGAUGACUCUGGCCAGCUGACAAUCAAGUGUAGUCAAGAUUACUUCUCGCUGGACUGUGGCAUCACUGCCUUUGAGCUGGAUGACUACAGCCCUGCUGAAGAAGCAGAGUGCCAGAUCCGAGGCCUGAAGUCUCACCACUGCUUCCCGUCAUUGGAGUCAGACUUUCCUGGGCUAAUCCAGAGUGUGGGCCUCCUAACAGUCACAGCUGAACACCUGUCCUCUGUGAUUGGGAGUCCAAUAGACCCCCAGCUGAGGUGUGAGGACAAUUCAGCCAGCCAACCGACAGACACUAUCCCUACUUCUUCCACAAUGAACCGCAAUGCUCUCCAGUGUGAAAAUACACUCUCCAAAAGACACCUACAGGACAGCUUCAAUUGCAAUGAGAUGUCCCCCACUCAGCCAUCCCUGCCAAAAAAGGCAACGUACCCAGAAGGACUGUCCCGGGAUGACACGGAGACCAUCCUUAAGAGAGCACCACACCCCUCUUCUCUUCAGUUUCAGGCAGACAUGAGUCGCAGCACCCCAUCACUGCUGGGUCAGCCAGACCGCUCCAAGUUCUGGCUGGAACUCACAACCAUCUACCCUAAUUCUGUCAGACACUCCUGUGACAACCUGAGGACCAUGAAUAGUAGGAACUGGAAACCAAGUAGACAGGCCAGCCUUCAGAAUUUGCAAGUCUCUGGCUCCGAUCCUGCUCUUCAGAGAAGCUCGUCUGAGUCUGGAGAGGCCAGUGACCUGGAGCAUCCAGCUUCCCACAAGCUCAGCCUUGACCCCCAGGAAAAUUGCCUAGUUGACACCCCACAAAAUAAUAAUUCACCCAAUAAAAACCCUCCAGAUACAGACUCUUGUGACAAUACAGCUAGUCCUUUAACCAUCUGUGAUCCAACCCAAAAAAUAUCUUCCCCAGCUAUCCCUGAGAAGAAACAACCACCUACUACCAGCAGGCCUCUGAAGGAAGAGUCAUGGUAUGGCUCUGAUGAGUAUCUGGCUCUGCCGUCUCAGCUGAAGAAGACAGAAAUUCUUGCAUUAAAGCUGGAGACCAUUGCCAAAGCUCUUCCCCAAAGACCCAUAGAGGAGCAAAUCCAGGAUGUGGAUGACUGGGAGCUGUCAGAUGUGCACUCAGAAUGGGAAAGCUCAACACCCCCCCAGGCUGGCCACAGGUAUGAGAAGGCUUUCCCUUCUGGCCAUUUCUCCCCUACAUCUUCCAGUGACAUUGCACCUUCUCUUGAUGAGAGCAUUGAGUCAGGGCCCCUCAGUGACCUGCUGUCAGAGGAUGAGGUUUACUGGCAUGCUGGUGAGUGUAAAAGAACAGAGAAGCCAGCUUGGAGCCCUGCUGUCGAAGAACACUGCCGUCAUCACCAAGACUUGAUCAAACAGCUACUGGAGGAUAUCCAGCAUCAGGAAAACUAUAAAGACAUAUGGAACAAGAUUGAGGGCUUUGUUAGCAAACUGGAUGAGUUCAUCAAGUGGCUACGAGAGGCCCUAGAGACAACCGAGAACUGGCUACCCCCCAAAGCCGAUACCACCAGCCUCAAGCUCUACCUGGAAACACACCUGAGCUUCAAGCUGAACGUGGACAGGCACUGCUCCCUGAAAGAUGGCGUGCUGGAGGAAGGCAAGCAGCUGCUGGAAGUCAUCAUCUCCCACAAAUCAGACCUAAGGGACACGCUGCAGACCAUCGCACACCAGUGGCAGCAGCUACAGAGGCAGAUUCGCCGGCAGCACAGCUGGAUCCUGCGUGCCAUGGAUGGCAUCAAAGCCCAGAUGCUGGCUAGCCAGGCGUCACAGGAGGUGGGCAUCGGAGCAGCCAGCCCCCAGAAAGAGGUUCACGGGUGCCAGGACGAGGCUCAGAGGGCGGCACUGGACCAGAUGUCCUUGAAGCUCAACAGCCAGUUAUACUGUGCUGACACCAAGAGGCGGAAGGAGUUUGUUUAUAUGUCAAAGUUUAAUUCAUCUGAAAGCAAUAGCCUUUCAGACUUUGAAUUGGAGUACCAGGACCUCUGGGAUUGGCUGACAGACAUGGAAUCCACAGUGACGGACAGCCAUGAGCUUAUGAUGUCAGUGGAGCAGCGACAGCAUCUUUACAAGGGGAACAUUGUGGAAAUCGGCGUGUGGGAUCCCCGGAAAUCCCAGCUGCUGGAUCAGGUGCAGUCCCUGCACAAGAGCGGAGUCCAGCUGCCUGCAGAUUUUGAUGAGCGUGUCAGCGCCCUCACACAAAAGUGGAACAGACUGGAGGCGACCCUGGCAGAGCUCGUGAAGCCCCCCAGCUCUGGGAGCCCUGCGCAGCUUUCGCCGGCCCUGCUCUCCCCAGAGACAACCGGCAUGCUGAGGCAGCUGGAAACCCGCAUCAAAGAGCUGAAGGGCUGGCUGCGCAACGCCGAGCUCCUCAUCUUCAACUCCUGUCUCCGGCAGGAGCUGCAAGACGACAAGCAGCUCCAGUACUUCAAGUCUCUGUGCUCAGAAGUGCGAGGGCGGCGCAGGGGUGUGGCCUCUGUGCUGCGACUGUGCCAGAGGCUACUGGAGGAGCAAGAACCUGCCGAAGCCGAGUCUGAGCGACAGGCCCUGCAGCUCCUGAUGGUCAACCUGGAGCGCCGAUGGGAGGCCAUCGUCAUGCAAACCCUGCAGUGGCAGACACACCUUCAGAGGGCCCUUGGCACUGAGCAGGUACUGUUCCUAUGGCGAUGGCAGACACACCUUCAGAGGGCCCUUGGCACUGAGCAGGUCCCUGGGAAUAUUAUAGAACCAGCUUUCAUGCACCUCCAUGGCACAGUGGAAGACUCAUGGGAGUGGGACGAGAUGGAUAUCAGUAACGACCUGAUCAGUGUUGAUGGAGAGCCACAAAACCAUGACAACCACCAGUGCCAUAAUUCCACAUUGUCCAGAAACAGCACAGGAAAUAAUUUUGAGGUCUCAGAGUUAAAUCAAAACAACCAACAAAAUGGCGUGCUAUCACAAAAUAUUGAUCUGGAACCAUUGUCCUCUCAUUCAAACAUCUAUCAUGUCUACAGUCUUCAUAGCGUUGAACUGUAUAACCAGCCCCAAUAUACCCUCCAAAAGAAAGCCCCUACAGACCUCAGCAAUAAACAGCCGCUAACAAAGAGCAUAAGCAAAGACUCCUCUUUCUCAUCAGCUGAAUCCAUACCAGAGCUUUUUGGGGGUAUCCUCUGCAGAAAACAAGGGGGUGACAGCCUUUACGUUCAUUCUGCCAGAAGAUCAGAGAGUGAGAGUGGAAUCAUGAGUGAAGGGGAUACUGAGACCACGGCCAACUCAGAGAACUGCCUGCUCAGUCAGGUUGAAGACAGUCAAGGCAGUCUCUUGUUGACACCCCCUAAGAGAGGCCACUCACCCAGUCACAGCCAAGUGUAUGAGGACGAUGACAUCAACAGAAUCUUGGAAUGUGCUAAGAAGUGUGUUUUAUAUGAAGACUGUGACAGGUCCUUACUAGAGAGUAAAAACAAAUCUGAGGCAGUAAAGAAAGAGAUAGAUGAGUCAGCACAAACCAGGGGGAAGCAAGGGAAAAAUCCAGAGGGCAUCCUUACUAUGGGACAGGAGUCUGAAGCAGAAGAACUUGACCCCAUUGCCUUCAGAACUUCUCCAAGUGAUGAGAAAGGAACUACACGUGGCAAAUGCAGGGAAGGAUUUGCCAGUGUGUCCCCAGGGUCCUCCCUCGACUCCCUUUUUGUAGCUGGAGAUUUAUUUCUGUCCAGCAAAGACACGCUCCACCGAAGCACCUCCCUUGAGAGUUGGCUAGCCCCAUGUAAGAGUGCAGAAGAGAUCGGUAGCCAGCAUAGCUCGGGGGAUCUGGGACUGGCUGCAGGCUCCACAGGAGAACUAAGCAAGAGGACUCUGGAGCUGCUGAAGCGCCUGGAGAACAUUCAGACCCCCUUAAUCCAAAAAAUGACACGCAGUAUCUCUGAUAUCACCCUUCAGACUAGCUCCCUGAGGUUUCCAGGACCUGGUCAGCCAUCAGUCAGAUUGGGCUCAUCAAUCAAUGAAAGCUCAGCACCAUCUCUCACGGAACUGAGUACCACCGAGGAGUCCUCUGUAGCUUCAGAGGACAUAGCUGUGCAGAGGAACUGCUUGGUAGACUUGAAUGACCCCAUCUGUAAGCAAUUGCGUUUUCAACCAAUACCAGACGAGACCGAUGCAAGCAUCAGCAUGGUGGUGAAUGUAUCAUGUACCUCAGCCUGCACAGAUGAUGAAGAUGACAGUGACCUUCUCUCCAGUUCUACUCUUACUCUCACAGAUGAGGAACUCGGUAUUAAGGAUGAUGAGGACUCCAGUAUAGCCUCUGAUGAGGAGUACAUUGAGGGUAGCUUUGCGCUAGGGCUUGGCUACAUUAAAAAUGAGCUCCAGAACUGGAUUAAACCUAGGUCUCAGUCUAAGGAAAAGAAUGAACUGGAUCUUGGAGAUGAGCUACAAUGUGGGACUCUCACCCGGGAGAAGGUACCAUCUACAUUAGGCGCAAAUAGGCGUCGUUUCUUAAGCAGGUCAGCCCUAAAACUCUUUGAGUCCAAUGCUCAUGAGAAGAACAUUUCCCUCCAACAGCAAGAUGCUGAUGCCCAGAAAAGGGAGGUGACUAGAAAUUAUAUGAGGCAAUUUGCAGAUGACAUGGAGAAUGGUAAUGUAGAGAACUCUCAGGUAAAAAAGAAAGAUGAAGAUGAUGAGUUUCUAAGAGAGGAGAGAAGCCUUUUCACAAAAAGUGGUGAAUCCUUCAAGGAUUGUUAUGCACUGAACUCCGCCAUCUCUGACACCACAGUUGUGGCUACCAAAACAGAACUGUGUGAUCUUGUGUCAUCACAAGCAAAAGAGUCUGUCCUAGAAGGCCAGCUGAGUGGUGAGAUUCCCUGUUACAGCUCAGGUGAAGUUUCAGUGCACAAGUCCUCUGUGGAAGGCUGCACAGGGUCACACCAGUGUGCAACAGCUGUGCUGCAUGAAAAUCAUCCCGAGGAAAACCAUGUUUCCUUCCCCAAAGACACAUGUGAGAGCCAUCAGCUGGCCACAGCGCUGCCGUGCUGCAGCCAUUUACCUCCUUCACCAGAGGAAGAGAAAACUGAAGAUGUGCACAAUUUUGUUAUGGAGAUCAUUGACAUGACUGCUGUAGCACUGAAGAACAAGGAGACUCAGGCAGACCAGGAGGGUCCUUGUCCCACCCCGGUGGCUCAGAUCCGAGACAAAGUGCUGGAGCACUCCCACCGGUCCAUCCAGCUGCGCAAGGGGGACUUCUAUUCUUACUUGUCUCUGUCUUCUCAUGACAGUGACUGUGGAGAGGUCAACACCUGCAUGGAGGACAAAAGCAGCAGCCCUCCCCUCCCCAAACUGAGGGAGACACUGGAAAUCCAUGACAAAGAGCUACUAUUUGAAGCUUGCACUGAAGAGGUCUACCUGGGUCCUCCACUUUGUUACAGCAUGUGUAUGAGCCAGAAGGUGGAGAAAAAGUUUCCCAGUUCCAGGGACUGUUCUUCCCCACACACUGAAAAAGCCCAGGCACUUCCAUCAGCUUGUCCUGAAUAUCAAAAAGCACCGGUUAUUUCUCCAGGAAGUACAGCUGGAAGCCUGCUAGAGUACCAUAAUGAGGCUGCUUAUCUUAAUCCUUUACCAUGUGAAACCCUGAUAGACACUGUUGAAUGUUUUGCAGAUACUAAAAUGCUUGAAUCCAAUAUUUCCCCUGUAAUGACUAAGAUAAGAGUCUCUUGCUCCAGUACAAAUCCUUUAAAAGAGGAUGGCAGCCUUUAUAUUAAUCCCAAAAUUAACUGUCCUCAGAUAAGAAAGUGUGAUAGGGAUGAGAAAGGCCCUGCUUCUCUGCAGAUGAAACAGAAGAAUGCCAGGAAAGGAUGUAGUUCCCAUCCGGAGACUAAGUCAACUCAUAAACAGAUGCCAAAGCCAGAGCAACCGCUUGCAGAGGAUGGCGGGGGGCCCCCAGGCAGGAGUGCUGCAUCCGCCCUCUCCAUCUCCAGUGCUUCCCAACACCAAACUUCUACAAACACUGCACAGAAGAAUAAAACUUCCCGGCCCUUGGCCAAGAGGGGGUCGGAAUACCUGGUGCCUCCCAUCACCAAGCCUCAGCUUUGAGGGGGCUUGUCCACUCCCAUGGCCCAUCCCCCAUGUGUAUUAUUGGGCUGUCAUCGACUUGAUCCUCUGGCUGCUUCUGCUCUUCCGUCCUCCUGCUGUGACAUUGAACCACAACCUGAUGCUCUUCAAUGAGUGGCUCAUCAUUUUCGUCCUUAUCCCAGAACAGAGCUACCUCAAUGGUCUACCGCCAUUAUGUCCCCACUUGGCAACACAAACACACACCCCUUACUCUCUCUCGCCAGCAUGCAUGGUGGUUCACUCUUAUCUUACUAUCUCCUCUGUACAACCAGCUACAGAUAUAUAAGUCUAGGGCACUCAUUUGACUUGUUUUGCACUGGGAGACAGCAAGAUAGGAUUUAAGGAAAUUUCGGACUACUCCUGCAAGCUCCUACUUUGAUGUUAUCCCAGGACAGCAUCAUGAGCUCCAGCUCCACAGCGCUUGUGUUUUAGACUAAUUGUGGUAUACAGACGUAGCAGAAAUUGAACUACUUGAACCCUUAUCUCAUCAAAAGGCAAAUUAAGUAGAUGUCUAUCUAUGCAACACGGCCCAAGUUGGAAACAGCUGUCUUGUGUUGCAUAUUACAGGAUCUCUGGCUGUUGGUGUAUCUCAAUACUCCAUUUUUUAUGUUUCCUAAGACUGGAAAAAUCAAGGAAAUGUUUUAAACUUUAAAAAGUGUGCCUUGCUGUAAUUUCUUAUUUUUUGUUAAAAUACUGCUUUUCCCAGUUAUAUGUUCAAAGAACUAAGAAAGAUAAAGUAAAAAGCAGGGUUGAGAUCUAUGAACAGCAUAUGUAUAUAUGUGUAAGUGGAAGCCUUGGUGUAUAAUGAUGGUAUAGAUGCUUCUUGUUAGUGUAAUCCUGUAUAUGUCCCGUAUUGUGGAGAAUAAUGAGCCUUAAAAGAGCUAGACUGCAUGGUUAACGAUAUACAAAAUGUUGACAAAUAAACUUAAUUUAUUGAACACCAA